UCACACGGAAGCACUCUGUUCCCUAACUCCUGGCUGAGCAGACUCCAGUUUACCAACCUCUGCUUUACAGCACACUUAACUCGACAGAAUGGCAGACCAAAGAACAGCUGGUGCAAAGCAAUAGGGGGAUAAGGAGAGAGGAAAAAAUAAAUAAACGUAUUUCCCUCCACCGCCAACAUCCAACAACUGUCACAUCAGUAGUAACCGUGGAACAAUCGGAAGUCACCAUGCGCAGGUCUAGCACCGAUGAAUCGACCUAUCACAGGAGUCCUUCUUUGGACAGCAAGGAUUACAGUUUUCCAAAUGGCGCCUUCCGUCGCUACAGCAGCAUGUAUGGCGGCCAGUUUGGGGCCGCCAGCAAUUCGUUUUUUGGAUUCCACACCAACCCGGGCCCUAAAGCCACCAAGGCUAAGUACACGUCCCCGAAGGGGAACAAGUACGUUGUCUUUUACCUGGAUCUCUCGUUUAUUUUUCUCCUAGAGCUGAAGAGGUGCAGCAUGGCUCACAACUGCCUGCAGUGCAUCAAGUACCUAAUGUUUGUCUUCAACCUUCUCUUCUGGCUGGGAGGCUGCGGGAUCCUUGGAGUUGGCAUCUGGCUGGCUGUUACCCAAGGGAACUUUGCUACCCUCUCCUCUUCUUUCCCAUCCUUGUCGGCUGCCAACCUGCUGAUUGUCACAGGGACUUUUGUCAUGAUCAUCGGCUUCGUCGGCUGUAUAGGUGCCAUCAAAGAAAACAAGGGCCUGCUGCUGAGUUUUUUUAUCAUGCUGUUAAUUAUAUUCCUGCUGGAGCUCACCAUCGUGAUUCUGUUCUUCGUCUACACCGACAAGAUUGAUAAGUAUGCUCAGCAGGAUCUGAAAAAAGGGCUUCAUUUGUAUGGGACAGAUGGAAAUAUUGGCCUAACUAAUGCAUGGAGCAUCAUUCAAACAGAUUUCAGAUGCUGUGGAGUCUCGAACUACACCGACUGGUUUGAAGUGUACAAUACUACACGGGUGCCAGACUCGUGCUGCUUGGAAUUCAGCGAGAAUUGUGGACUCCACUCCCCGGGGACCUGGUGGAAAGCUCCUUGUUAUGAGACAGUGAAAAUCUGGCUCCAGGAAAACCUGCUAGCAGUGGGGAUCUUUGCCCUGUGCACAGCUUUGGUUCAGAUUCUUGGACUGACCUUCGCAAUGACCAUGUAUUGCCAGGUAGUCAAGGCAGACACCUACUGUGCAUAGAAACCCAUCUCAAGCCUCUAUGUUUCUCCUCAAAAGGACAUAGGAGAAAGCUCCUUCAUGUUCAUUCAUCUGAUCUUUUUUCUAUGUAAGAUAAACUGUGUAUAAUCCUAUAUCUCUGAAGAUUUUGUAAAUCACCCUAGUUUAUUGAGGGAGGAAAAAAGGGAUGGGAAAAAAAAAGCCAAGAGAAGAUCAGUACUUGGAUUGGCAUAGGCAGGAGGAAGAAGCAGUGUCUUAAAAAAAAAAAAAAAAAAGAAUGCACCAA